AGGCCUAACUUCCCGCCUCGCCCCGCCCCUCGCGUUCCCAUGGAAACCCAGGGGCCAAACCCGGCCUGUGGCCUCGCCCUGGGCCUGGUCAACUCGGGCGGAGUUUGCGCGGGCGACCUUAGGAGACAUGGAGCUUUCCCCAAAGUCGAUGGACUCGAAGGAGAAGGUGAAGGAGAGGCGAUUUGGAGGCCUGGGCCGCUGUAGGCAUUUUUUCUGGCUGGGCGUCGCCUUCGACGCGGUGGGUGUGGCGGUGCUGUUCACCGGCAUCUUCGCUGACCUGCUGUUCUACGACAUGCUGCUCUACCUGGGCUCCAUCAUCAUCUUCAUCAGCCUCCUGUGGUGGGUCUCCUGGUACACCGGCAACAUCGAGGUGUUCCCGGAAGACCCGGUGAGGAGGUCUUCGCACCGCAGCAGCCGCCGCUUCUCCCUGGCCUUCGGGAGCGUCCCCAACACCUUCCUGCGGAUACGGCGGCAGCGGCGGCGGCGGCGCCCGAGGGUCCUGCGGGAAACCGAUUGCCCUAGCCCGCAGGAAGGGCAGAGCGUCGACUGCCGCGCGGUGGAGAGCGACAAGGCUUCAGCCCAUCCAGCGCGGCCUGUCUUCGCUGCGAAUCUGCCACAGCAUCGCACCGUUCAGGCCUCCAAGAGCCUGACUGUGACGGCUUGUCAGCCUUUCGCCAUUUCUACUUCCAGGAGCCAGCCUGUCUUUUCGGGAACCUCUCACUGCUACCCUCCAGAGCCUGUGACGUCGCAGAGCCACCCCCAGUUCUUUGUGUCCUCUGACAACCACCCCCAGGUGGCAAUGUCACCUGGCAGUCAGGUGCCUGGGGACCCUCAGAGACGCUCCAAGAUCAGUGUGGCCUCUCAGAGCUACACUCUGGGACAAGCGGACUCUCAUAGCCACUUUCUGGUGCCGGUGGCCUCUGAAAGUUUCCCUAUGGUACCUAUGAUCUCUCAGACUUACAUCCAGGGCUCUGUAGCCUCACAAAACCAGCUCCAGCAUCUUCCUCCUGCCUCUCAAACUCAGCCUGCAACUGUUAAGAGUUCUGGAAGCCACAUUUUGGCCACUCAGGUCCCUGUGGUGCCACCUGAGUUUGCCCAGAUUGUGCACACCCAGGCCUCUUUAGCCCAGACUUCUCAGAGUCAUUCUUUAGCUGUCCAGAAGGUUUCUAAGUCAAGUGCUGAAGCUUUUGAGACUGUGCCAGCACCCAGCCAGAAACUAACUCAGGAGCAACCUGACAGGGCAUCAUCUGUUUCUCGGGCCAUACAUCCAGCCACUCAGGCCCAGCAGUCUGACCCCAGUGACCACACUCCAGCCUCGGGGGCAGUGAGGAAAAGUCACCCUUUCUAAUAGGCACCAGACCCCAGCCAUUUGACUGGAUACUCAGACCUUUGCCAAAACUUACCAAUGUUUCUACAGACCUAACUGCCAGCUAUAUAAAAGCAGAAGUUCCACUUGGAGCCCUGACCUAUCUCAGACCAACAGACUCAUUAGACUGCCGAUGCCAAAUAUACCUGUUUCAGUGUUAGUGAUAGUUUCCCAGCCUCCAACAAUAAUGUUAUUUAUUGGUGAAAUUUUAAGUCAUAAUAAACUUUGUUUUUCUGAAUGAAAUUUAUUUUUAAAAUAAAUGAGUUAAAAAAAUAGACUUGUCUUUGAAAAGCAUUUCAGAAAUCUGAAUAGAAAUUAAUGUCCCACAUACUAUGGGUGAAAAUGUGCUAACUUGCUUAUCAGGUACUUAAAAGAUGAUUCAGUCUCCAAGAAGCCAUUUAAACCAUAUAACAAGAAAAUUAAGGGUGUAAAUAGUGUUGAGGAUAUGGUGGUAGCAUGCUGAGCAAGCACAAGGCCAUAGAUUCAAUCCCUCACACCCUAAGAAAAUGUGAGGGGGUUAAAUAAUCACUAGAUAAUUAUGCUAUAAGUCAUCAAGCACUGGUUGCAGUUUUUUAAAUAAAAAGUUAAAAAAAAAAGCCCCAU